CUUCCACCUUACAGGUCCGCGAUGCCCCGUCGGGUGCCACACCAUCUUUUACGGUGCCCCGCAGCGGGCUCUAGACUGGAGACUGACCGUUGAAGGACAGCGUUGCUUUCCUUUUUUUCUUCUGAUCUUCCUUUGUUUCUCCACGAGGCGUUACCGAGUACCCGGAUCACCUUACACUCCCGACUCAUAGUCAUCAAAGCUUCUUCUUCUUUUGAUCUGUUUCUUUAAGCUCUGUCAUUACUCCCGACGAAAGGAAAAUGGCGGAACCAACUCCGACUCCUGCCACUUCGACUCCGGCUAGCCCCCAGACUGGAGCCGUAGCUGAGCCCGAGCCCGAGCGGCCCGCUCCUGAAGUGGAGGUAGAAGUCGAUCGGGAAGAAAAUGACUCGUCUUGGGGCGGCGAUGAGGCUUCUCGUGCCAGCACCUCGCUCAAGUCAGCCACGUCAACUUACGAAUGGAAGCACGGUCGCCGGUACCAUGGGUAUCAAUCUGGUUCCUACAAUUUUCCCAACGACGAGGAGGAACAAGACCGGCUUGAUAUGAUCCAUCACGUUUUCUUCAGGCUGAUGAAUGAUCGCUUGUACCUUGCGCCAAUCAAGACCGAGGGGCUGAAGGUUCUCGACAUCGGCACCGGCACAGGGAUUUGGCCUAUUCAAUUUGGAGAUGAGCACCCCGAGGCAGAGGUGAUUGUUGGGAACGACCUCAGUCCCAUCCAGCCGCAAUGGGUGCCACCGAACGUCAAGUUCAUCAUCGACGACGUCGAGCUUGACUGGGCGGAGCCUGAGCAAUACGACUACAUUCACUGCCGCUACAUGGCAGGUUCCAUCAAGGACUGGCCUCGGCUGGUAAACCAGAUCUACGAGAACCUGAAACCCGGAGGCUGGGUCGAGUUCCAGGAAUCUGCAAACACUCUAUACUCUGAGGAUGGCUCGCUCAAGCCUGACAACGCUAUGGUUCAAAUGAUGGACGGACUCAUGGAGGCCUGUGAGAAGAUCGGAAGAACAAUGGACCCGGCACCAUCCUUCAAGCGUUGGGCCGAACAGGCUGGCUUCCAGAAGGUGGGCGAGCAGAAAUUCAAGCUGCCCAUUGGCAGCUGGCCUAAAGACGCUAGGUUGAAGGAGGUCGGCACGCUUAUGGGAGUAAAUUUCCUGGAAGGAGUGGAGGCAUUCACUGCUGCAUUAUUCAAGGACGUUUUGGGGUGGAGUCCGGAGGAAGUCACAGUUCUCAAUGCUGGGGUUCGAGCGGCAGUACGGAAGAGAGACGUUCACCCCAUCUUCGACUUCGUUGUCGUCACUGGGCAGAAGCCUUUUCAAGUUUUAGGGCAAUGAUCAACAAUCUUUAGUCAGCUGGAUGGUCUCUUUUCGGCAUUUGCAGCUUUGGGUGGAUUAUCUCGAGUUAUCAUAGCAAAGCGCGUUAUCUAAAGUUCCUCUUUCCGUGGCGUUGCCUCC